AUGAUCAAUUCUGUUAUGUUCUUCCUAUCUUCGUUUCGCGGAACUCUCCAGAGAGUUUUUUCUAGGGUCAUUGAUCGCCGUCUUGAUGCGGUGGCGCCUAUUCAAGUACUUAUCAUCCCAGAACAUAUCUGCAUAGAUUCCAUUCGGCUUCUUUCCCCUGUCUUCAAUAGCUCUUUACGAUCUAUCGAUUCUGAUAUUGCAAACGUGACCAUGCCCUCGACGACUCAAAUGACCUUAACGUCCAUAUGGCUAGAAUCUAUUGCGUACGGUAUAAAUUGCGCACUGUUCUCUCGAAGUACCUCUGUGCUAUUACGACGACAAGCCCGUGAUGGUCUCAAAUAUUCGAGUAGAUUUCUCCUUGUCGCGAGCACGUUUCUGGUUAUAACAGCCACUGUGCAUAUGAUAUUGUCUUUCCUGCAGUUACUGAAGGGUUUCACGGAUUCAGCCAUUUUAUCCAAGCCCCUUGGCACCGAUGUCUACCUUGUCUCUAAUACAUUGCUUGUUAUCAAUCUUGCCUUAUACGUUGCCAAUGCUAUCACUCAGGAGCUGUUGCUGAUAUGGAGAUUAUAUGUUAUUCUCAAUCGCAGUAGAAUAGCGUGCGUCUUACCAGUUGUUAUCUUAAUCGGAAACGCUAUAUCUGGGUACAUGGGUAUCUAUCAUUUCUCCCAGAGUCCAGGGUCAAUGCACCCCCUCAAGGCGUUUAUAUUAUCAUACUGGAUAACUGGCUUCUUUCUCAAUGCCAUGCUGACAUGCACCAUUGCACGUUACAUCUGGCGAGUAAGUAGAGAUGCUUACGGCAUGAAUCGCUCAGACUACAGAAGUGCCGUCCGAUUUGUAGUCGAGUCAGGUGCCUUGGUGACGAGCUGUGCACUCGUUAUGACGUGCUUGUACAUUGCAGGAAGUGUGGCAGGCCCAAUAUCUGAAAAUGUAGCCAUACAAUUGAAUACUGCGAACCCUUUGCUUAUCGUUGCUCGAGUGGGGACCCACGUCAACGAUUCAGCAUCGCAUAGCACUUUCAUUCUUACUCGCCCUAUCGACUUUCGUGUUGAUGCCGCUCGACCUCGUUCAGUGGAUUCUCUCGCAGAUCCAGCAGACGCAUCCAAAUAUAUCCAGCCAUAA